GUAGAUUCCCAUAUUGAGUCACACACACAUACAGUCACAACACUCAGAUCAUCGUCAGGAAGGGUCACGGAUAAUUGCUCUGAUCCAGAUCGGGUGCAGGUGGCUCAGACUCACUCUACAAGACCAGAACCAGUUGACCCAGUCAUCAGAACAGCCACAGUCUCAGUUGACCAGUGAAGACCAGUCAACGAGUGACUACCAGACCAGCCAGAGGCUAGACCUGGUCCCACUAUCAGAGGAGAAAGUAGAGGUCCUCAAGGUGUACCUCGAGUCCCACAAACAGAGAGAAGCGGAACACCAGCAGUGUCAAGAUGCUGACAGACGAGGUGUCUCAGAUACAGGAGGUUCGGUACUGUCUGAAGACCUUGAGGGAACAGAUGGCCACCAGACAGAAUAAUAACAACAACAAGGUCAGGGAGAAUUCAGAGGACAGUGCUAAGCUAAGGGAGGUGAGCAAGCGCCUGUAUGCUCAGCUGCAGGAGUCAGAGAAGAGACACCAGGAGGAGAAAGACAGACUGCAGACUGAAAGCGGUGAGUUCAGCUGGCGUCUGGACAAGCAGUCGAAGCACCUGCAGCAAGUGGAGGGGGAGGCAGAGGAGAGAGGUCAGAGGGUGGAGGAGUUGGAGCGGCUGCUGGGGGGCAUGGAGCUGGAGGGUGAUGUCCUGAGGGACAAAAUGGCCACCAGCGAGGCUGAACUGCUACAGCUGAGAGCAGCCAAGGAGGGGGAGCAGGAGAAAAAGCAGAGAACUGAGGAGCUGGAGAAGGAGGUGGCUGUCCUGAAGGAGAAGAUCCAUCAUCUGGACGACAUGCUGAAGAGCCAGCAGAGGAAGGUCCGCCACAUGAUCGAACAGCUGCAGAACUCACGGACAGUGAUCCAGGAGAGAGAUCGAGUGAUCAGGGAUCUAGAGGAGAAGGUGGCUUUUCUGGAAGCUGAGAACACAGAGAUGCGUGACCAGAUGGAGUACUUCCUGGAGGGUCAGAAGCCCGCCUCUCCGCCCACCAAAGAAUGCAAACCCAAACCCCAGAUCGUCUACAGUUCACCCUAGGGAGAGACAAUCAAGACAAAGCAGUGCAGCUCUGUUGUCACUCAGACACACUGGAGGAGUUUUCAGCGCACCGUUCUGUGACCUAGUUAAUCAGGAUACCUCCACUUUAGGGUCCAUUGGUCGCAUUCCUGUGUUUGCAGUACACCUUACACACAGAGGCAUGCAGUUGUUUGUUAACAUUUUACAGAUGUCUCCGAUUUAAACAACUUGUUUUUCUCUGACAUUAGAUGGAGGUUGUAGAUAGAAAUCAAUAGUUCAAAUUAGUAGAAUUAUGAGUUAUGAUUUUCUUUCUUUAUUACUAAAUAAUGUAAUAUUGUACAGAAAAGUAAUAUCCUCUUUAUACCUAGUUUACCUCUGUUAGUUAUUAACCAAGUAGAUAAAUGGUUAUACUGAAAAAUACAACCUGCUGUUAUAAUGCUGCAUGUGGUGGCUGUCGGAUGUACAGUAUCAAUACAAUUAAUAAUAUAAAUAUGUAUAAAUCUAACCUGCCUUCUAAGCAUAAAUAUGCAAGUGGCUUACAGUUGUCUCACCUCUCAAGAUUAGAGGUUUUCAGUCUUUGGCCUUUUAAAAGGGGUAGUGUGUUAAAUGAUCAUUACACCCUGCAUGUAUACUGUAUAACUACUGAUGAUAAUGGGGUGUCCCCCAAAUGGCACCCUAUUCCCGCUUUGGGCCCUGGUCAAAAGUAGUGCACUAUAUAGGGAAUAUGGUACCAUUUGAGACACAACCAUGGUGUGGUAUUAUCCUAUACUAUUAUUACAGAUUUUGCUGUCUGGUUUAAGAGCUCUUAUUUUAUGAAAUAAUUAUAUUUGUUCUGUUACAGUAAUGGCCCCUUUUACAAACCAAGCAUAUUUAAUGUGAAA